AUGGAAAGGGGCCCAAAGCGCAAGGCCCAGGACGGGGCCCGGUGGGCCGAGCAUCACCCGGUGAAGUCCGUCUCGGGGCCCCGCUCGGCAGCCAUGCGCUGGGCCGAGCCUCGUGCGCGAGGUUCGGCUCUCUGGGCCCUCCUGCCGCUGCUGCUGCUGCUGCUCUCGGGGGCGACGGCAGAGCAGCUGAACGCCAGCGGCCAGCACGGCGGCGGAUCCCAGUGCGGCGACUACACCAACCAGCCGACGGAGGACGGCAUGUGCCGGCUGGUGGCCACUCUGCCGCAGCUGGACGGGCAGCGCUGCCCCGACAUGUUCCGCUGCACGGACGAGGUCUCCUAUUGGCUGCGCCAGAACGAGGAGCGUAAGCAGCAGGUGGCUGAGCUGAAGGAGACCGUCCGCCAGCUGCACGAGGAGCUGCGCGACCACCGCCAUCGCAUCAGGCACUUUGAGCUGCUACAGCACGACGACGGGAGCCAUUCCAACGCCACCCAGGAGCGACGUUUCCACCAGAUGGAGGUGCACUACGCCGAGGCCACCAGCCUGCUGCACCUCCAGGGAACGCUUAUCCUCAACCUGCAGAACCAAGUUCACAACCUCAGCCGAUUAGUGGAGCAGGCCAAGAAGAGCCCCGGAUGCUUGAUCAACGCAGUCCGGCCCAAUCCUCUCAGGAAUAGCCAGCGCCAGUGGGCUUUACAUCCGGAGAGCCAGCACAUGAGGAACUGUCCCAUCGACUGCGCCUCCAUCUACUACAACGGCGUGACGAGGUCGGGUGUCUACACCGUGGUGCCCUCUCUCGCAGCCCUGCCUGUGGAGGUCUACUGCGACAUGGACACUGACGGCGGCGGUUGGACGGUCAUCCAGAGGCGGGUGGACGGCUCCGUCAGCUUUGACCGCGGCUGGCGCGAAUACCGGGCCGGUUUCGGCGACCUGCGCUCCGAGUUCUGGCUGGGCAACGACCACAUCCACGAGCUGAGCGGCCACGGGGACUACAGCUUGCGGAUCGAUCUGGAGGACUGGAGCAACAAGCACAAACACGCCCUCUAUCAACACUUCAGCGUAGAAGAUGAGGAGAACCGUUACCGUCUGCACGUGUCGGGCUUCGGCGGCAGCGCGCGCGACUCUUUCGGCUGGUACCACGACAAGCGCGGCUUCAGCACGCCCGACAGCGGCGACAUCUGCGCCGAGAUCUCCCACGGCGGAUGGUGGUACAGCCAGUGCUUCUACGCCAACCUCAAUGGCGUCUACUACAGGGGAGGCCACUACGCGCCCAACGGUCAGCUGGGCCCCGACGGGAUCGUGUGGCACUCGUGGAGAGACUCCGACUAUUACUCGCUACGCAAAGUCACCAUGAUGAUCCGGCCGCGGGCCUUUCGAAAACAUCGCUCUCCCUGAGCGACCGUUACCAUGGCGACGCACCGACUCUUCCUUCCUCGACAUUUUUCACGGUGACUGAUUUUUUGUACUUUGUUUUGAUUUUUUUUUUUGUCAGCAAAAAUGAAGGUUAAAGUGGGCCGAUCAAAACAUCUCUUGUUUGAAUUAUUAAUGACUUACGAUAAGUGCACGACAAAAAUAAAUAAAAUAAAAUUGUAUAAACCAAAGUCCAAUAAAAUUACAAGUGCAGCUCAAUAAGAAAUUCAGUAGUAGAUUAAUACAAAAAGCCAAAGUCAAUACAUAUAUGUAUAUAGAUGUAUAUAUGUAUAAAUGUAAAAAAAUAUAUAAUGUUUUUCAUGACAUAGUCUUAAUACCUUGGCUUUUCACUAGCCUGAA